CUGAUGAAGCUGCACUGAUGGGCACUGACUGGCAGCACUGAGGUACACUGUUGGGGCAGCACUGCUAAUCAGGACACUGAUAAUCAGUGGGAGGACUGACAACUCAUGGGGCCCCUGGGCAAUAGGUGAUCAUGAGGCCCCUGUGUCCUUGCCCAAACUCAAAAAAGCCUAUGAGAAAAGGUACCCGGGGCAUCUCAUGGGGCCCCCUACUGACCCUGGGCCCUCGGGCAGUGCCCGAGUUUCCAAAUGGUCAGUCCACCCUGUGUGUAUAU